UGACGCUCCGCCGUCGUGUCGUGUGCAACCAAAAAUAGCCUCUCCAUUUGCAUGCAUGCUGUUGGUCUCCAAGAAUAGCAUCGCCCGCUCGCUACAAGUACCAACACACAUGCAUCGUUCGCAUCCACCAACGACGACGAGACAUUAUUGAUACAUCAUCACCACAUCAUGCGCCUCCACGCCACGAUGACGAUCGCCGCCGUGCUGUGCCUGCUCCUCUUCUCCGGCCGCCUCGCCGCGGCGAGCAAGUCCUUCGGUGGCGGCGGCUACGGGGGAGAGACGACGACCGGCGGCGGAGAGAGCGCGGCGGCGGCGGCGGAACCGGCGACGCCGCAGAAGGCUUACGUCAACGCCCCGGAGGAGCCGUCGCCGUCGUCGUCAUCCGAGUCGGGCGGCGGCGGGCUGGACCCCGCCGGCGAGCCGGAGAACGGGAUGAACCAGAAGGCGAUCGACGACAUCCUCAAGGAGCACAACCUGUUCCGGGCCAAGGAGCACGUGCCGCCGCUGGCGUGGAACGAGACGCUGGCCAAGUUCUCGCAGCAGUACGCGGAGACGCUCAAGGGCCCCUGCAAGCCCGUGCACUCGACGUCGCCCUACGGCGAGAACCUCAUGUUCGGCACCGGCGGCAUCACUUGGAAGACCACCGUCGACGAGUGGAGCAACGAGAAGAAGAGCUACCACUACGGCUCCAACACCUGCGACCCCGGCAAGAUGUGCGGCCACUACACCGCCGUCGUCUGGAAGAGCACCACCACCGUCGGAUGCGGCCGCGUCAAGUGCAACAACGGCGACACCAUGAUCAUGUGCAGCUACUGGCCGCCGGGCAACUACGAUGGCGUCAAGCCAUACUGAUCCAUCCAUCCAAUUUCUUCUGACGACUUGGAUCGAUCCAACCACCACCAUCGUCAUCAUCAUACUGAUCGAUCGAUCGAUCGAUCACCUCCUACGAUAAACAUUAUUAUUCUUAAUUAUCGAUCAAUUUGACCGACCACCUGAAUAUAGUAGUAUAUGAUAUUCUGAU